AUGGCAGCCCGAGCACCUGCCGGCGGUCGCGGCAUGAGCAACCGCUUCGCACAGUUCAAGCUCGUCCUUCUUGGAGAGUCUGCUGUUGGAAAGAGCUCAAUAGUUCUCCGCUUUGUCAAGGAUCAAUUCGACUCGUUCCGAGAAUCCACCAUUGGUGCCGCCUUUCUCACCCAGACCAUCUCCCUCGAUGAAAACACCACAGUCAAGUUCGAGAUUUGGGAUACCGCCGGUCAGGAGCGAUACAAGUCCCUUGCGCCCAUGUAUUAUCGGAAUGCCAACUGCGCCGUUGUUGUCUAUGAUAUUACGCAAUCGUCUUCCCUGGACAAAGCCAAGGCAUGGGUCAAGGAGCUGCAGCGCCAGGCCAACGAGAACAUCAUUAUUGCGCUCGCCGGCAACAAGCUUGACCUGGUCACCGAGCAGCCCGAUAAGCGGGCAAUCCCCACAGGCGAAGCCGAGGCUUAUGCGCGAGAGGCCGGGCUCCUGUUCUUCGAGACGUCCGCCAAGACGGCCGAGAAUGUCCGCGACCUCUUCACGGCCAUCGCCAAGAAGCUACCGUUGGACCAGGUUGGGCCCAGGCAUGCUCGGCCAGGCCAGCGACCGGGUGUGAGCCUGGCCCCCGAGAACGCAAACACCAACGUGGGCGGACCUUGCAGUUGCUAG